AUGCGGCACUCGCAGACCACCCAAGCCACAGAGUUGAACAUUUGCCGCAUUGAUGGAGGGCGGCAAUCACUGCCGUCUGUACGCCCUGCUGGGACUGUAUCGCUGGCGAAUCCUCUGAAGAUUACGGCUAUGAAGGUUGGCGACGAAAUAUCCAAUUGCCAGUUGGGCGUGUCACGUUCGCAGACAAUAGAGGAGAUUCCGUCAGUCAGCAUUGCCAGUUUAGUUUUCAUCCAAAGAGUGGACGUCAGGGAGGAUGGUGAGGGGACCGUGACGUACAUGGCGCCCAGCUCUGGAUGCCUUCCAGAGAGAUACCUAUAG